AUGUCUACUUUAAGUGAAGCAUAUGGUUUCAUCUCCAUGUCUGAGAAUGGCAUAAGUAACAAACGAAGAAGAUUACCACUGAUUGAAGAUAAGUAUGAGGUGAUAAUGUCAAUGUACAGACUGAGGUCCGAUACUCCUGAUAUGGGACUUGCAAUUUUAAAUACAAAGUCAGUAGAAUUGAUCUUGUUGAAUUUUUGUGAUUCCCUGACAUUUUCAAGAACUAUACAUCAACUAAAAGUUCAUGAUCCAAGUAUUAUUUUACUUCCAGAUGCUCAUAUGAAUCCUCAAAUUGAUAAGUUGAAAUAUGUGGUUCUGUCCAAUAUCCCAGAUAAUAUAAAAGAAGUCCAAUUGAAGUUAAGACAAUUUAAUACAGCAAAUGGGUUCACAAACAUAAAACUUCAUUGCGAAUAUGACGAGGUGGUUUUGCAGGAGAAAUGCAAUGGAAAUGAACUUGCGCUAGCUGCAGCGAAUGCUUGUUUUGAGUAUUGUAUCAGUUCAAAACUUAUUAGAACGAAUAAUAAAUUGAGACUUAAGUUUGAUAAUUGUCAAUCCAAUAUGCUUAUUGAUACCUUUUCAAUUCGUGAUUUAGAACUUAUUGAUAGUAUUUCAGAUAAAGGAACGUCAUUAUUUUCAUUUCUCAAUCAUAGUGUAACAAAGAUGGGAAAACGAAUCUUACGCGCAUCCAUUUUGCAGCCACUCACAGACGUUCCAAGCAUAAAACUAAGACUAGAGACGGUACAAGAGCUAAUCUCCAAUGAAGAUAUUUUGAUAUCUAUUAGAACGCAAUUGAAGAAAUUUCAUGACAUGGAGAAGAUCGUGGGAGCUUUUCUUGAAAUGGAUGAAGACGCGAUUGUGUUUAACCGAGAUCAACGACUCAACAAUCUUAUUCUAUUCAAGGGGUGUUUAGAGAAUUGCAUUGAAAUCGUUAAAUCCCUUGAUUAUGCAAAAAGCAACUUAUUGGUCGAGAUUAAGGCGAUAGUAUCUCACGAGUAUAUUCAGACUGUUUUGAACACAAUAAAGGAAUACAUUUAUGACACCUGUCAAUGGGCCAAGAAUUCAUUGGAAUUAACCAAUCAAAAAGCCAACGCAAUUAAAUCCGGAGUGAAUGGAUUCUUAGAUGUCUCUAGAAGGGUUCAUGAAACAUUACUAGAAGAAACCAAUCAAAUUGUUCUGAAGCUAUGUGAUGAAUAUGGUCUUGAAAUCGAUUUUAGGUAUGAAAGCUCAAGGGGAUUCUAUUUACGAAUAAAAGAGGGAAAAAUGCCAAUGCAAUCACUUCCAACUAUUUUCAUAAAUCGGAUCAAGAAAAGGAAGAUGACAGAAUGUACAACAAUUGAAUUAAUGAAACAGAGUUCACGGUUUACCGGUAUAUUAGCCGAGAUUGCGAAUUUAAACAAUCAUAUAAUUGGGAAAUUAUACGAACAAGUAGCUUCUUAUGUCCCCAUCUUUUUUAUGAUUUCCGAAGCCAUCGGGACGUUGGAUUUCUUGUGCUGCUUAGCCCAAUUUGUGAGUUUGCAAAAACGAGACUACACCUGUCCCGAGUUUGGAAAAGAGGUAAAUGUUCGCCAUUCUCGUCAUCCAGUGUUAGAAACAACAAUCUCAAAUUUUGUUCCCAAUGACUAUUCGUGCAUACAUGAGAUAUCUCGAUUUCAGAUUAUUACUGGGGCAAAUAUGAGUGGGAAAUCGGUUUAUUUACGACAAAUUGCAUAUAUCGUGAUCAUGGCACAAAUUGGAUGUUUUGUACCAGCUGAGUACGCGGUACUACCAAUCUUUGAGAGCCUAUACACCCGUAUAUCUUCUGAUAAUACUGAGAUGAAUGCAUCGCUGUUCUCUAAGGAAAUGACAGAAAUAGCCAUGAUUUUAAAGGCGGUUAAUGAUAAAAGUUUGGUAAUCAUUGACGAAUUAGGAAGAGGGUCCAAUUUCACCGACGGGUUUUCAAUAUGUUUAGCUAUACUUGAAUAUUUCAUAACUUCGGGAGCGAUUGUAUUCACUUCGACCCAUUUCAGGGAAGUUGCUGAUAUUUUAAGUAAUAAAUCAUGUGUAGUCUCUUCACAUAUGGAAAUCGGGGAAUCAGAGGGACAACUUCAAAUGAAAUAUCAAUUGGUUAAGGGAAAGGUAGAAACUAUUGGGUAUGGGAUUAGAUUCGCUGAAUUUUCACGCAUGUUGCCCGACAACCUAAUUGUAGAAGCAAAGAAAAUUGCAAACCAACUAAGGUCAACCAGAAAUACAAAUGAUGACGAAAGGAUAAAACUGCUUUCCAAAAGAAGGAAGCUCGUAUUAGAGCUAUAUUAUGCAUUAAAUCAUAUAAAAUCUUUGGAUGCGGAGAUGGAAUAUAAGCUUCAAAUUUUGAAAACCUUGCAAUCCAAGUUUGUUGACGAAAUAAAUAGAUUACCGAAAUAG